AUGGAUGAUAAACUGCAAAAAGAAUUAAAGAUUGCAGAACAAUCUCCUCGAAGAGACUUAUGUGAGGAGUUUUUAUACGAAAUUUUUCAAUGGGAUCCACUAUGGCUCGAUGAUAAAAAAUAUGAAGAGACACCUCCGCCUGUUAUCGAUUCAAUCGAAAUGAUUCCGACGAAAUUAAUUUAUUCGACUUUUGAAGAAUAUCGCGAUAUUAUGUUUCCCUUUCUGAGGCACGAAUUUUGGUUUGUUUUGAAAGAAGAUUUUAUCGAAGAAAUAAAAAAAAAAAAAUAUCCAAAAGCAGUAAAAGCUCAUAUUAAGCAAAAUUCAUAUUCUUCUUGGUCAGUUAAUAAUGAUGACUAUCAUAAAAUGUGUGAGUUUAGUAUAAUAACUACAAUAAUAAAUUAUGAGAACAAUGAAAAUAAAUACCCCAAUCGUGGAGACUUAGUUAUAGUAAAGUCUCUAACUGAUAAAAGACCAGUAACAUUUGGAUUUAUAUCAGACGUUGGUUUAAAAGGAAAAAUAAACGUUACAGUAACUUACACAUUGAAGAGUAAAUUCUGUUCAAGACUACAAUUACCAAGCCAAGUUGAGCUGACUACUGUGACAUGGGCUUCUGCCCAUAUAACUCUUAUCGAAUCAUUGUGUUAUAUUCCUUGUACAGAAUUGAUGAAACCAAUUUUACAGCCAGAAGUUGAAUUCUUCAAAAUUUCGUCAGUUUUAAAAAAAGUUGAAACUGCAACCAAGGAAGUUCUCAAUGAGAAACAAGCAGAAAUCAUGUCUAGAAUAAUAGAAACCGUAAAGAUGAAAUCUUUGGGAAUAUUUCUUAUUCAAGGACCUCCCGGUUGUGGAAAAUCAUCGGUUAUCAAAAACAUUAUUGCGACUAUUAUGAAAAAUGGAAAUGAAAAGAGAGUACUAGUGUGCGCACCUUCAAAUAAGGCUAUUGAUGAAUUAGUUUUAAAAUUAUUAGAUAUUCAACCUCUUCUUGAAGAAUUUUUUAACGCAAUAACGCAAAAUUUUUUACUGUGUGUAGAGCAAAAAGUACCAUUCAAAAUUGUACGACUUGGACGAGAAGAUAAAAUGCAUGCAUCAGUUAAACGUAUCUAUUUAUCGAAUUUACGAUACAAUGAGAGAACGGAUAAAUUUUAUUACUAUCCGCGUCGUAAAAAUGAAAAAAGAGAUGCAUCAUAUGAAGAAUUUUUACUUAAAAAAGCAAAUAUUAUUACAUGCACCCUGACAUCAAGCUACACCAGUUAUCGGAUGAGAUCAGUUUUUGGUCGAAGGUUCAAAGACAAAUUACCAUUCUGCAUCAUCGAUGAAGCAGCACAAGCAACCGAAUUACUCACACUAGUGCCGGUAAUGUUGGACAUAGAUAAAUUGAUUUUGGUAGGGGAUCCUCAGCAAUUACCUCCAACGGUUCUAUCGCAGAAAGCAAAAGAUUACGGCUAUGAUUCAUCUCUCUUUGCAAGAGCUCAAACUAUAUUUAAUGAUGAACCAAAAGAGAACCCUAUUGUUAUGCUAGAUACUCAGUACCGAAUGAUGGAUUCGAUUUCUCAAUGGCCCAAUCGCUAUUUUUAUAAGGGUCUCAUUAAAAAUGCAGCUUCAGUCGCACCAUUGGAUUUUUGCAACUACAAAUUAUUGAACCAUUCUUUUAUCCAAGUAGAAGAUGCUCAUUCUAAUCCAAAAGAAGCUAUACUUGUAGCUAAUUUAGUUAGUAAGUUGGUGGAAGAAAUUAAAUUAAAGUACCAGGAUAGAAAAAUAAGCAUCGGCGUUAUUACACCGUAUAAAGACCAGUACAAAUUGAUUAAUAGCAUAAUAAACCCAUACAAGAAAAAGACUCAACAGAAGCCUCAGAAAAUUUUGAAAAGACAAAAUCAGCAAAAUGAUGAAAAUAUUAUUGUCAAAGAAAAAUGUGAAAAUGUAGACAGAGAAAAUACUAACGAGAAAAAUUCAGAAAAUUAUGUAGCUGAUAAAGAUGCGCAGGAAGAAAAAUUUUUGGAAGAAAAUGAAAAAAAUGAUAACAAAUUUGUUGAAUUAAAUGACAAUACUGAUGAUCAACUCGAUGAAGAUUUUGAAAUUGAUGGGUCAGAAGAUAGUAGAGGUGUAAAAAUUUUAAAUAAUACAGAAAAAGUAAUUUGUGCUGACGAAAAGAAAACUGAAACGAAAAAAAAUAAAGAGAGAAAUCAAAACAAAAAUAAAUGUAAGAAAGGUAAAAAGAACAGUGUUAAUGAUGAUAAGAGCUCUGAAAAAAAAGAAGAUGAAAAACCACAAAAAAUUCAAGUCAAUACAGUAGACAGCUUUCAAGGGUCGGAAUGUGAUAUUAUUAUUAUGUCAUGUGUAAGGAGUGAAGGCAUUGGAUUUGUUAAAGAUCCGAAUAGGCUUAAUGUAAGUCUUACUCGUGCUAAACAUUCUUUGAUAAUGUGUGGAAAUUUUAAUACUUUCAGGCGUGAUGAAAUGUGGGAAAGCCUUUUAAACGACGCUCAAUCUCGAGAAGUAUAUUUCGACUUAACGAAAGAUGAUGAGUUAAAAUCUAUUAUAGAGCAUAGAUUUAAUACAUCGGAAAGCGAUCGUUCACAUUAUCGUAUGCGAGAGCAUGCAUCACGUUUAUCUAGAAUGAAAUCAUCGGUUAGUUCAGCCCAGAGAUUUACUCCAAGAGAAAAUGAAUCACUUGAAAAAUUACGUAAUGAAUUUUUCUCUACUAUUUUUGAAUGGAACCCUGCGUGGCUCAAAGAUAAACAAUUUGAAAACACUCCACCGGAUGUUGUUGAUUCUAUGGAAAUGAUUCCUACCAAAUUAACAUAUUCAGAUUAUGACGAGUAUUUAAAAAUUAUGCUGCCUCUUUUAAUUCAUGAAUUUUGGUUCACUUUGAGAGAAGAUUUCAUGGAAGACAGAAAAAAAAAACAAAAAAAAGUUAGGACUGACCUUAAAGAAAGUAGUUGUGAGUCCAUUUCAGUUAAAAGUGAUUUAGAUAACAAAAUUGUUCGCCUGAAAUUAAAAGCUGCAGUAAACUUUUCAAUUAAAUCGAAAAUAGAAGACAUAUUUCCAAGUCGGGGUGAUUUGGUCGAAAUUCAAUACCCAGGAUGCGAAAGAACUCAACUGGGGUAUGUGGAAGAAGUUGACUGUAAACGUCCCAGGUGUGACCUAUUCAAUCAUAAAUCAUUACCGACUUAUUUAACAUAUGAUGUAAUUACUAAAUCUCUACCACAAUCAAGCCUGUCGACUACUUUUGAAUUAAAAACGGUUACGUGGAUUUUAUCUCACUUAACGCUCCUUGAUGCAUUGGGCUACAUUGAUCAAUCACCUCUCAUUGAAUCAAUUUUAAAACCAGAUGUUGCAUCUUACGAAUUAUCAUCAUCACUCUACCCUGCGUUAGUUGUGACAAAUGAAAAUCUCAAUCCAAAACAAUUGGAAGUCAUGUCCCGAGUAGUGACUACAAUUGAAAGAAGAACUCCUGGAAUUUCCUUAUGUCAAGGCCCACCGGGAACUGGAAAAUCGACAGUUAUUAAAAAUAUCAUUGCUACUACGUUAAGUCAAAAACGAAUUAGUACAAUAUUACUUUGCGCUCCAUCAAACAAAGCUAUUGAUGAGCUAGUUGUGAGAUUACUGGAGAUAAAACCACUCAUGGAAGCACAAGACAUUCCCUUUGGAAUUGUACGAGUAGGCCGAGAGGAAAAAAUCCACGAAGAUGUUAAAUGUGUUUCCUUAUCAAGGCUUAAAUCUAGAAAAAUAAUGGCUUUCGAAGGUAAAUAUAGACCCAAAGUCGAACAGACAGAAGAGCGUAUUCUGAAAUCAGCCAAUAUUAUUGCGUGUACUUUAACUUCCUGUUACACGAGCUACCGUAUGAAAAGUGUUUUUGGUUCUGGUUUGAAAAACAUACCGAUUUGUAUUAUUGACGAGGCAGCUCAAGCAACUGAAUUACUCACAUUGGUACCGUUGUUACUAAAUAUUGACAGAUUAAUUUUAGUAGGAGAUCCUCAGCAAUUGCCUCCAACUAUCUUAUCUCAGAAAGCAAAAGAUUACGGAUACGAUUCUUCGCUCUUUUCUAGAGCUCAGAAUUUGUUUGAACAUGAAUUAAAAAACCCUAUUGUCAUGUUGGACACGCAGUAUCGGAUGAUUGAUGCAAUUUCCCAGUGGCCAAAUCGUUAUUUUUAUAACGGUGCCAUACAGAAUGGUGCUUCGGUUACGCCAUUGAACAUUUGUAGCUAUAAAUUAUUUAACCAUUCUUAUUCGCAAGAAGUUAAUGGUCAUUCUAAUCUAUGUGAAGCAAAGCUUGUGGUUAAAAUCGUCAGAAUGUUCACCGAUAAAAUUAAAUCAAGUAAUUGUGAUAAAGAAAUCAGUAUUGGCGUAAUUACUCCUUAUCAAGAUCAGCGUAAACUUAUUAAUGUAUUUCUCAGUCAAGCUGAAGUUAAAAAAAAAAUAAAGAAGCGAAAGAACAAAAAGCGAAAUCGUAAACAAGAAAAUGACGAUGAAGGUAAAAUUGUUAAAGAAAAUAAUAAUGGUGAGAUGAAAAAUGAUGAAGAUAAUAGUGAUGAGGAGAACAGAGACAUUAGUAGUGAAGAAAUGGAUAGUAAAAAAGAAUCUUUUGAUGAAGAUGAUGAAAAUGACGAUGAAAAUUGUGAAUCAAUCGCUGAAGAAGAGAUUCGGAAAAAAGAAGAAAAAGUAAUUGAAAAAGAUGAAAAAACAGUUUUUGAAACCAAGGAUGAUAGUAAAGAUCAGGAUACUUUGGAAGAAAUUGAUUUUGAAAAGAUUAAUAUACAAGAAGAAAUAGUAGAAGACUUUGAAAAAAUUAUUUGCGAGAAAGAAAGUGAUGAAGAGAAUGUUAAUUGUAAUGAACAAUCUAAAGAGGUAAAAUCCAAGGUAAAUAAAAAAGAUAAAGAAAAUGAAGAGGAGAAAGAACAAGCUGAGGCUACUAUCAAGCUGAAACAAAUCCAAGUUAAUACAGUCGACAGUUUUCAAGGGUCGGAAUGUGAUAUUAUUAUUAUGUCAUGUGUAAGGAGUGAAGGCAUCGGAUUUGUUAAAGAUCCAAAUAGGCUCAAUGUAAGUCUUACUCGUGCUAAACACACUCUUAUAAUGUGUGGAAAUUUCAAUGCUUUUAGAAGAAAUGAGAUGUGGGAAAAUCUGUUAGACGAUGCUCAAUCUCGUGGUGUUUAUUUUAAUGUUACAGAAGAAAAUGAAUUGAAAACUAUUUUAAAGCACGUAAUUAUUGAACCCCGAUAA